AUGCUGGAGGCCGCUGCUGGUCAGGGCCCUGCCCUGGGGGCCCACCCCCCUCUGGCAGAUGCCUCUGUGGGUGGCGAUGUUCAGGCUGAAGCUGCUGCAGGCGAUCUACAUGCGCAUGAGCAGUUCGUUGGCCAGCGGAGCGCGGCGAACGUGAUGCUCACGCUGCGCUUCGCCAUCGCGAGCAACAAGAAGGUGGCGGUGCUGAAGGACUGCUACGUGGCCGCGGAGGUGGUCUCGUACGUCCACCCUGGCACCGUUUUCUCCGUUGGUGGGGCCAAGAUCGACGUGAGCGACGGCCGCAGUUGCCUUGGUCUGACGGACGGACGGCACUGGUUGGGUACCCACGCAUUUGGUGAAGGGCCCGUCCAAGCAGGUGGUGACGGAGGUUGA